AUGGCUUUUGUAAAAGAAUUUCUGAAGCAGGCCUAUUUCAUUGACAACGAGGAAUCACAAUGUGUUAAAAAUGCUAAAGGUGGUUCAGCAGUCCAUGCCUACCCAAACUUCAAUCCUUCAGAUGAUUGUGAGGCACUGCACAAAGCCAUAACUGUUAAAGGAGUUGAUGAAAAAACCAUCAUUGAUAUAAUCACCAAAAGAACUAAUGCCCAGCGCCAGAAGAUCAAAGAGACCUGCCUGCAGCUAAAUGGAAAGCCUCUGGAAGAGAGUCUGAAAAAGGCACUUAAAGACCCCUUAGAAGGGGUUGUUCUGGCAUUGCUGAAAACUCCAGCCCAGUAUGAUGCUGAGCAGCUCAGGGCUUCCAUGAAGGGGCUUGGAACGGAUGAAGACACUUUAAUUGAGAUUUUGGUAACAAGGACUAACAAAGAAAUCAGAGAAAUUGGCCGAGUAUAUAAUGAAGUUUAUAAGAGAGAUCUUGCCAAAGACAUUGUCUCAGAUACUUCAGGAGACUUUCAGAAAGCUUUGCUUGCCCUUCUAAAGGCUGAUCGUGAUGAAAAUCCUCAUGUGAAUGAUGAGUUGGCAGAUAAUGAUGCAAGGGCCUUGUAUGAAGCUGGAGAGAGAAGAAAAGGAACAAGUGUUGAUGUUUUCAUUGACAUCCUCACUACAAGAAGUUACCCAUGUCUCCGGAGAGUUUUUCAGAAAUACACUAAUUAUAGCAAACAUGACAUGAACAAGGUUCUGGACCUAGAACUGAAAGGAGACAUUGAGAACUGCCUGACAGCAAUUGUGAAAGCUGCCACAAGCAAACCAGCUUUCUUUGCUGAAAAACUCCACCUUGCAAUGAAGGGUUCUGGAUGUCACACCAAAACUCUGAACAGGAUCAUGGUCUCACGGUCUGAGGUUGACAUGAAUGAGAUCAAACACUUUUACAACAAGCAGUAUGGGAAAUCCCUAAGCCAGGCCAUUUUGGAUGAAACAAAAGGCGACUAUGAAUCCAUUCUCGUGGCUCUGUGUCGUGAGGACUGAUGAGUACCACA